AACUUCCCGGGAACAACCCAUCACCAGUGACAUCCCGGAUCCCUAAUUUCACGACCACCGCUAGUUUUUUCAGCAAUAUUCUGUGAUACCCGAGAUCGACUUUAUUUCAUUUUCGCCCACACAUACGUUACCUUGACCAUCAAUCAAAAUGGCCGGCCGUGCUGAACGCUGGGACCGCGACCGCUUCAUGCAAGAACGGGAGCGAGACCGCGGCUAUCCAGAUGACCGUCGCUAUCCCGAUGAACGAAGCAGAUUCGAGGAGAGAAGCCGCUUCGAGGAACGUGACGACUAUCGCCCACCGCCUCGCCGCGGCAGAGAUCACUCAGAUGAACGCUUCGACCGCGGUCCAUUUGAUCGCGGACACCGCGGCGGAUACGAAGAGGACAUUGUAAGAGACCGCCGCUACGUCGAGGAAGACCGUUAUGGCCCCCGCCGCGGAGAGCCUUUGGACCGGGAGUUAGACCGUCGCCUUUUCUUCGAAAAGGAGCAGCGCGAAGUCCGUGAGGCCUCGCCACCCCGUCGCCCGACCAUGCUCCGUCGCCAGUCUUCCCUCGACACCUUUGACCGUCGUCCCCUCCGCUUUUACGAGCGUGAGGAAUACCCCCCGCCAGCCCGCCGAGAGGAUGUUCGCCCUCGCGACGAUUACCGGGCUCCUCCAUACGUUCCAAUCCCUCUGCCCCGCACCCGCCAGCUGGGCCCCGCACCAUCUCAACGAUACGACGAGAUCCAGAUCGCCGAGCCAGGCUUCUAUGGCGACGAGGAGUUCCGCGGUAUGCCUGAGCGAGUGAAGGAGCGCGAGGUCGUCACCUCACGCCGACGCAGAGACCGCAGCCGCGAGUCUAGGGUGUCAAGGUCAACUAGGAAGAGUUCGCACCGAAGCAGCUCCCGAUCAAGCAGCACCUCCAGCAGGUCGACCAGCACCACCACAAAGACCGCGCCGACCGUCCGUAGCUCAUACCCGAAGAAGGGCAAGACUCGCAUUCCUCAACGCCUGGUCUCCAAGCGUGCGCUCAUCGACUUGGAGUAUCCUUACAUUGAAGAGGGGAACACCGUCAUCGUCCUCAAGGCUCUUGGCCAGGACAACAUCGACGAACUUCUGAAGCUCAGCGAGGAGUACAAGCAGAGUGAACUGGAAAUUGCCGCAGCGCGAUCAUCGGCCGGCAAGCAUGAAGAACGCCACGAGGAGAUUUACACAAUCCCUCCUCCGGUUGCUGCCCUCCCCCCACCGCCCCCGACUGUGAUCCAUGUCCCUCCUCCUCCACCAGCGCCUGCUUCAGUGGCGCCGCCUCCCGCGCCCCCGACUGUUGUUUCUUCUCAUCAUGCCCCAUCCGUCUACUAUGAGGCACCCCCUCCACCACCCCCGGCUCCCGUCCAAGAGGUUGUCAACAAGACUACCAUCAUCCGCGAUGUCUCCCCCGCUCGCAGCUCCACGUCCUACACAACGUCUACGACCGCAACACCAGUCGUCUACGACCGCCGAGAGUACAGCGAGGAGGUUCCCAUUGGACCCAUGGCCGUUGCUGAGCGUCGCCGUAGCCGGUCUCGGUCUCGCAAGAACAUCAGAUCUGAGAUCAAGGCUCUCGAGGCUGAGCUUCACGACCGCAAGCACGGAAGGAGCCGCGAACUCGUCCGUGCCGAGCAGAUGCCCGAUGGCGCUGUCGUCCUCUUCGAGGAGAAGGUCGAGAAGGUCGAGGAGCCGCGCCGCGGAGUGCGGAUCGAGAAGGACAAGAAAGGUAGGAUGGCCAUCAGCGUACCAAAGUACUACUAGGGUACGCUUCGUCACCGUCUCGUCAAAAGCAGAGCCCAGGCUAACGCGAGAGUUCCCAGGUCCUCCUCCUGGAAUCAUGCGCGCCAUGCUGGCAACUCUCACGUAAGGGUACUGUGCUGCUCAGGCGCAUGACUUGUUGUUAAGUACGCGAUUCAAUGUACAGGAGGUGAUUUACAGACCCCGUACACUACGAGAUGGACUUUGUUGCAUUGGUUUUCAGCACGGCACAUGGUUUCCAGGACGAUUUUACCAUUAUUAUUCCCCAAUAGAAAAAAAAGGAACUCGUUGGUUUUGC